CUCGUUGUAGCGCUAUCACGUGAUUGUGGCCGCUCGUCAGUGUUGAUAUUGAAUGGUCUUCUUGAACAAUUUUACUUGAACCUAGUAGAGUGGACACCAUGGAAACGGGUACAGGGUGUCGAGGCGUCAACCUCAUCAAAGGAGUCGGUGAUGUCGUAAUAACAUUACUCAUGUUGCUGGUGCUCGGCCUCUUUGAAAAAUAUGGUGUUCCAUUCCGGCAAGGAUUCUUCUGUGACGAUGACACGAUCAAGUACCCGUACAAACAAAGCACCAUAUCUGUCGCAUUAUUGUUAAUAGUAUCGAUAGUUAUACCCCUAGCAGUGAUGGCCAUGUGGGAUGUUCUUUUCAAAGUAUAUACACUACGUGGAUCCGUGACGUGCCGGGUGGCGCUGAGAAGCGUCUAUGAUGCCAUCCUCGUGUUCCUGUUCGGUGCUGCUCUCACCUUGGUCAUCACCGACAUCGGCAAGUACAGCAUCGGGCGUCUAAGGCCGCACUUCAUCUCUGUAUGUCAGCCCGACCUGAAUACCGUCUGCGCGGAGGGAUACGCCCAGGACGAUGCUUGUCAAGGGUCCGACGCUCAGAAAAUUGCAGAGGCCAGACUUUCUUUUCCAUCAGGCCAUGCAUCAAUUUCCUUCUUCGGGAUGACGUACUUUGCGGUGUUCCUGUACGACCGGUUACCUAAAUCAGGCCCAAGUCUCCUGAAACCGCUUGCCAUGGCUCUGGUGCUGAGCGUGGCGUUCUACAUCUCCCUGUCACGUGUCUUCGACUACUGGCACCAUCCUUGGGACGUCAUAUUUGGCGCUGUUCUUGGAGCGUCUGUAGCUCUAAUUUUGGGCGUCUUUGUUGCGAAGCUGCGCCCGACGUCCAACAACAAGGAUGCUGUCGACAGUCGACCUACAAUUGCGACCGUUACAUGAAGAGUGAGCCGCAAACUGUUAUCAAGUCGGGAAGUGUUGUACAUUGAAUCUCCAUCUCAUUAAAUCAGAUCUUAUUUCUGGCUAUCGCAAAUCAAAGAUCUGAGGACAUCGCAUUACGGGUCACGUCAGGUCGACCUUUCAUCCAACCAUUCAGAGCGUCGCUUACCAGAUCCGGACAGUGACAGUCGGAAUGUAUUUUCUAAUCAUACAACCUCGAAAUAUUUAAAACGGGGUAUUCCAAACGAAAUUAACGGGCUUAACGGCUGAAUCCAUACAAUCUAGGCCAUCUUUAACCCUUUCCAGAAUGAUAUUUUGAUCUGUUUUUAAACUUUUAAUCGAGAAUUUGUCAAAAUAUGUUUCGUAGCGUAGUCGCCUAUUUGAAACUAGUGCCAUAAAGCACGAGAAAGCUGCCUUCUGAUUGGCUAAUGUCGACUUCUUGUAAGUCAUUCCACCA